AUGCUGGAUGUAUGCUAUUUAGAUCAGCGACCUCUUCAAACGCAAAAUCAAGCGAGAACUAUCCUCUGCCCCGCAGCAAAGCAGGUGUACUACCGCUGGAUAGAAGACGGCGGCGUGCAUGACCCCCAACACCGACAACGUUACUCGCCGCAGAUGCUACAUUGUUUCCGCAAGUAUGACAAGAUCUUCGUCGAUGGACUGGACAAGAUGGCUGUCAACAGGGAGGCGUGCAGGAGGAAAGGUGAAGCACCGGCUGAUCAUGUCGGGCCCGCUAAAAUGCUGAAUGCGCAGCCCUUAGCCGUCGGAACUGCAGUACACACUAAAACGGUACGCAUCGCUUUGGGUAUUGCUUCCACCUUGCUCUAA